CCAAACUCCACUUCACUCUCUCUUCUCUCACCUCUCUCAAAUCAUUGCUUUAUACUUAUUUGUUUUCUUGUUCUUAAAAAUCUUUUUUCUUUCUUCUCUCUAAGGAGAUCUGAGUUUUGUGAUUUGGUUUACUUGUGUGGAAGAAAAUGGAAGAAGUUGAAGCUGCAAACAAAGCAGCUGUAGAAAGCUGUCAUGGAGUGUUGAAUCUCUUAUCACAACAAACCAAUGUUUCUUUAAUGGUUGAGACAAGAGAAGCUGUUUCAAAGUUCAAGAGAGUCUCUUCUCUUUUGUCUAUAGGGUUAGGUCAAAGGAAGAUUAAGAAACUAAACAACAACAACAAGUUUAGUUCUUCUUUGUUGCCUCAACACAUGUUUUUAGAAAGUCCCAUUAGUGGUUGUGUUCCAAUUCUUGCACCUAAGCCUCUUCAGGUUGUACCAGCUAGUCAUCCUUCAUUGAUGCUGUUUAACCAGAGAAUGUGUGUUGACAAGUCUUUUCUUGAGUUAAAGCCACCUUCUUUAAGAGUUAUUGAUCCAAAACCUUAUCAGUUUAUUCAUAGCCAACAGCGAGGAGUAUACUCUAGGAGUAAAAGUGGUUUGAAUCUUAAGUUUGAUGGGUCUAGUGGUGGUGGUGUUGGUAGUUGUUAUUCCCCUAGUAUCUCAAAUGGAUCAAGAUCGUUUGUUUCAUCUCUUAGUAUGGAUCAUAGUGUGACUGAUUACGAUAGGAGCUCGUUUCAUUUAAUUGGUUUGCCUCUAGGAUCUGAUCAUAUGUCACAACAUUCUAGAAGGACUAGUUGCUCUGGUAGUUUGAAAUGUGGAAGUAGAAGCAAAUGUCAUUGUUCCAAGAAAAGGAAACUGAGGGUGAAACGAUCGAUUAAAGUACCCGCGAUUAGUAACAAGAUUGCGGAUAUACCUCCUGAUGAAUAUUCGUGGAGGAAGUAUGGACAAAAGCCGAUAAAGGGUUCUCCUCAUCCUAGAGGAUACUAUAAAUGUAGUAGCGUGCGAGGUUGUCCAGCGAGGAAGCAUGUUGAGCGAUGUGUAGACGAAACCUCGAUGCUAAUAGUGACUUAUGAAGGUGAGCAUAACCAUUCAAGAAUACCCUCUUCACAAUCAGCUCAUACCUGAUUGGUUAAUAAUAUUGGCUUCAGCUUUGAAUCUAUAUAUAGGUUUAGUUAUAUACUUAUAUAUAUAUGCAUUAUGUAUUGUAUAAGAUGUUGAGUAAACUGUAAACUUAUGUAGUUCUCAGUAUCUUAU